UAUUCUUCUUUCUUAUGGGGUCGAGACGUCCAUCGUGAAGGUUGUUAUGAGGGGGACCAUAAUCUUGAGGUUACUAUUGGUUUUAAAGUUGGUAUAAUCUUAUUUAUUUUGUCUGAAUGUUUUUUUUUCUUAGGGAUGUUUUGGGGGUACUUACACUUAGCUGAACUGCCAGCAGUAGAGCUUGGUGGUGUUUGACCUCCUGUUGGGGUAACCCCUUUUGAUCCUAAGGGGGUUCCAUUUUUAAAUACUAUCUUGUUGGUUUCUUCAGGAGUUUCUGUUACUUGGUGUCAUCAUGCUAUAAGNUUUUCUUUUUUAAGGUUUGCUUUAGGGGUUAUUAUUAUAGUUCGUUGUUUUGACGUCUAUCCAUUUUUAAUUUCUUUAGUUGUCUUACUUUAUUCUUCUUUCUUAUGGGGUCGAGACGUCCAUCGUGAAGGUUGUUAUGAGGGGGACCAUAAUCUUGAGGUUACUAUUGGUUUUAAAGUUGGUAUAAUCUUAUUUAUUUUGUCUGAAUGUUUUUUUUUCUUAGGGAUGUUUUGGGGGUACUUACACUUAGCUGAACUGCCAGCAGUAGAGCUUGGUGGUGUUUGACCUCCUGUUGGGGUAACCCCUUUUGAUCCUAAGGGGGUUCCAUUUUUAAAUACUAUCUUGUUGGUUUCUUCAGGAGUUUCUGUUACUUGGUGUCAUCAUGCUAUAGAAGUAGGGNAGUAUAAAGUUAGAGUUGUAUCUUUAGUAAUAACACUAGUUUUAGGGUUAUUAUUUACUUGCCUACAGGCUUUAGAAUAUUAUGUUGCUAGCUUUACAUUUUCUUGUUCUUGUUAUUCUUCUAUUUAUUUUAUGGGUACUGGUUUUCAUGGACUUCAUGUUAUUAUUGGAAGGGCUCUAUUAAUAAUUUGCUUGUUUCGUUUUUAUUUUUUACAUAUUAGACCUAAUCAUAGGAUUGGGUUUGAAUGUUCUGUCUGGUAUUGACAUUUUGUAGAUGUUGUGUGAUUUUGUUUAUACUUGAUUUUUUAUUGAUGGGGAGUUUAAAUUAAAUUAAA